CUUUAUAGCACAGCUAGUAAGUGGAUGUUACGGUCGUAGUUUCCAUAUAACAAAACAACUCAGCAACAGUUAAUGGCACCUCUAACGGAGCCAUUUAAUGAGGGAUGGUAUUUAAAGCCACUCUUCCAUAUACAGUUUCACAGCAAGCAGAAAGUUCAACAGUUUAAUACACCAGUACUGCAAGUCAAACAGCUCACAAUCUGACGGUGCUACCAUUAUAUUGUGCUGUGAGUUGUCCGGGGAUUGAGAUUUGCGUCCAUAUUGACAAAAUUAAAGGUUAAAAAAGUUCUUUCAAUACUUAUUCAACAAAACCUGGUAGAAUUCGAGAAGAACAAGCGAGGACAGACAGAGUACAUGUUGAACCAUGAUCGGGUAAUGUGGCGGAACCGUAUCCCUCGUUACAUUCACUGUGGGAAGAGUUUGUACGGAGAUGCAGCAGAGCUAGUUAUAGAAGACAUCGUCCAAAAUGGCCAGGUUACCAUGAUAGACACAGUGGAAAAUGUCACUGACAAGCUGAAUGAAGCUCUGGAAAAUGCAGGUCACCCGAAGAUAGAUGUAAGUGUGGUGUAUGAGAAGUUCAAGUGCCUGGCCCAGACCCACUUCCUCCAGCAGUGUGUGAACCCACUGGACCCACCUCUCAAGAAUGAGAUGGACGAGCGGGAUGUCACCAGCCUCUACACUGUGCCACCACUCACUUCUGGGAGUAAGAAGAGGAAACAUUCAGUUGGUGAUAGUGACCAGCCACAAGCAAAGAGGAUAAAAACAGAACCUGGGACACAAGCGAGCACAGAUGAAGUCUAUUGGAGAAUUAACUACAGCAGGUUUCAUCAGUAUUUUAGAGAUCAGAUGUUGAUAAAGGCCAUGUCCAGCAAAAUUGACAAGAGGGCUGGCGACAUUCUGCAGACAAUGUUACGACUCAGUGAGGUGAAAUCCGAGGAGCUAGCAUUGACAACGAGCCCACUGGCCUUCAAUGAGAUAUUCCAUGCACUACCGAAGGAGCUCAACAUCUCCCGCCAUACUUGUGAACAAUAUCUCAACAUUAUGGCCGAUGAUUCGAUGUCGUUUGUGAUGAAGGUAGGAGAGAGUGGAGGCGGCAUGUACAUCGUCAAUAUGAUGAAGGCGUUGGAGACCCUGUGUCAGGCCCACAUUGAGUCCGUCGUGCAGGAAAGGUUUGGUUCCAAGAGUCUACGUAUUUUCCGAGUGCUGUUGCUAAAAAAACACUUGGAACAAAAGCAGAUUGAGGAGUUGGUGAUGAUUCCAGCUAAGGAAGCCAAGGAAUUGCUAUAUAACAUGUUCGCACAAAACUAUGUCUCAAUUGCUGAAGUGUCCAAGACCGCUGACCACGCUCCGGCACGGACAUUCUACCUGUUCAGUGUGAACCUUGAACAGCUGGCGCGGAUGCUGUUACAACACGCUCUCAAGGCUCACUACAAUGCCAUGGUGAAGAGGGAAAUGGAGACAAGGGAAAACAGACGUCUGAUGGAGAAGCAGGAGCGCGUGGAUGCAAUUAUUGCGAGUCUCGAGGCCAACAAGGCUGAGGACGUACAGAAGGAGGAAAUCCUGCAGACUAUCACCCCCGCGGAGAAAUCCCAGCUCACACGCAUCAGACAUAUGAUCAACAUGCUUGACCAGAGUGAGUUGCAGCUGGACGAGACCAUCUUUAUUCUGGAGACAUACAUACAGUAUUGUGAAGAGAAACAGAAGUCCAAAUUCUGACAUUGUCAUUUGUUUUGUUUAAUAUUCAAAUAAAAUUCAAAAUCAA